CGUAAGUUUCAUCUCUUUGGUGUGAAGUUUAUGUAUAUCAGGCUGACAUAGUGCGCCCACAUAUGUGGGCUCCACAUGUCAGCCUCGUGUGUGAGUUAUACAACGAUUACAUUUUUGGAUCCUUAUAAUUAAAUUUCUUCAGCUAUGGUGAUGGAGGAUAACUUUUUUAUUUUCCCUUUAAUUUAAAUUUAGGCUGGCGUGUGGAUGAUUUUUACUGGGCGGUGAAUUCCGUAGAGAGAAGAAAAGGCACGGCUCGGUAAAAACGAGAGAGAGAGAUGUCCUUUCUCUGUGAUAACGUCACGCCAUUCUAAUUACCCUUUUCUUCUUCCCCCGAUUGCCUCCUCCACUCUCGAUAACCUCUACUCUUCUCGAUCCCUUCCUGUUCACCUUUAUCCCUUCGCGGAAGAAGAAGAAGAAGAAGAAGAGUAAGAAGAAGAGGAAUUGGAGCGAUCGCUGUUACUCGGAGAUGAAGAGGGAGCACCAGGAUAGCUCCUAUGGCGACGGCGGAGGAGGAGGAGGAGCAAGUGGCUAUGCGGCGGAUAUGGGGAAGGGGAAGAAGACGAUAACGGAGGACGCGAAGUCGAAGGAGGAGGAGGAGAUGGACGAGCUAUUGGCGACGCUGGGGUACAAGGUGAGGUCGUCGGACAUGGCGGACGUGGCGCAGAAGCUGGAGCAAUUGGACAUGGCCAUGGCGAUGGGAAGCUGCGCCGCCCCCGACGACGGGUUCCUGCUCUCCCAACUCCAUCUCCCCCCCUCCGACGUCGUCCACUACAACCCCUCCGAUCUCUCAUCCUGGCUCGAUUCCAUGAUCUCCGAGCUCAACGCUCCCCCUCCUCCUCUCCCUCCUCCUCCUGCUGCUGCUGCUGCUGCGGAACCCAUCCUCACCACCGCCGAGCACCAGCACCGCUACUUCGAUCUCCCCUCCGCGGUCCCCGCCGCCGAGUGCGAUCUGAAGACGAUCCCGGCUCCCGCGGUCGAUCCCGCGGUGUUCGGAUCCGAUCCGUGCUCCGAGGUAACUAGGGAUCGGAAACGGAUGCGGAUCGGAGCCUCUGCUGCUUCCUCCUCGUCGUCUUCGUCCUCUUCGCCCUCGCCCUCGUCCGCGUCGUCGCUCGGCAGCGGGGGAAGAGGAGCGGAGGCGGUGCCGGUGCCGGUGCCGGUGCCGGUUGUGGUGGUGGACAGCCAGGAGGCCGGGAUCCGGCUCGUCCACGCGCUCAUGGCCUGCGCGGAGGCGGUGCAGCGGGAGAACCUUGCCGCCGCGGACGCGCUGCUGAAGGAGAUCUCGGUGCUCGCGGCGUCGCAGGGCGGCGCCAUGCGCAAGGUCGCAGCCUACUUCGCGGAAGCCCUCGCCCGCCGCAUCUACAACCUCCGCCCGCCGCGCCCCGACGCCUCUCUCUUCUACGACCUCCUCUACGCGCACUUCUACGAGGCCUCCCCCUGCCUCAAGUUCGCCCACUUCACCGCCAACCAGGCCAUCCUCGAGGCCUUCGCCGGCUGCCGCCGCGUCCACGUCGUCGACUUGGGCGUCAGGCAGGGCCUCCAGUGGCCCGCCCUCCUCCAGGCCCUCGCCCUCCGCCCCGGCGGCGCCCCCUCCUUCCGCCUCACCGCCGUCGGGCCCCCCGCCUCCGGCGACGCCCUCCGCGAGGUCGGCUGGAAGCUCGCGCGCUUCGCCGACGCCGUGCGCGUCGACUUCCGCUACCGCCCCCUCGUCGCCGCCUCCCUCGCCGACCUCGACGCCUACACGCUCCAAAGGCCCUCCGCCGCCGCCGCCGCCGCCGCCGCCGAGGUGGAGGAGGAAGAGGAGGAAGCGGCGGAGGAGGCGGUGGCGGUGAACGCGGUGUUGGAGCUCCACCAGGUCCUUGCCCAGCUCGGGGCGGCGGAGAAGGUGCUGGGGACGGUGCGCGCGCUGCGGCCCCGGGUAUUCACCGUGGUGGAGCAAGAGGCGAACCACAACGCCGGCUCGUUCCGGGACCGGUUCACGGAGGCGCUGCACUACUACUCGACCGUGUUCGACUCGCUCGAGGGAUGCGGAUCGGCCGGGUCGUCGGACCGGGUGAUGGCGGAGGCGUACGUGGGGCGGGAGAUCGCCAACGUGGUGGGGUGCGAGGGGCCGGAGCGGACGGAGCGGCACGAGACGCUGGCGCAGUGGCGGGGGCGGAUGGGCCGGGCCGGGUUCCACCCGGUGCCCAUCGGCUCCGACGCCUUCAAGCAGGCCAGCACGCUCCUCGCCCUCUUCAGCGGCGGCGGCGGCGGAGGCUUCCGGGUCGAGGAGAGGGAAGGCUGCCUCACCCUCGGCUGGCACACCCGCCCGCUCAUCGCCACCUCCGCCUGGCGCGCCGCCCCCACCCCCUAGUAGGAGUCGUACCGACUGCCCGUCCGAUGCGCCGACGACUCUCUCGCCGGAUCCGCCCGUCCGGUCCGCAUUGACUGCGGGGAGCCGGACCCGAAACGAACCUAACCGAACUGCUGCAGUUCGGCCAGAUAGA